AUGAGCGCCGACAAGGAAGCUGUCGUGGCCGCCGUGGAGAAGCCCGUCGUCGCCGCGGCCAAGCCAAAGCCGUACCCCUUCUGGCUGGGUGGUGUCGCCGCCUCCAUCGCCGCGUCUGUCACCCACCCUCUCGACCUGACCAAGGUCCGUCUCCAGACAUCCAGCGACAAGCGUAUGAUCGCGUCCAUGAAGAAGACCAUUGCUACCGAGGGUGUCAAGGGUCUCUACGAUGGUCUCACUGGUACCCUUCUGCGUCAGAUGACCUACUCGAUGGCCCGUUUCGCCGCCUAUGACAAGAUCAAGGAGGCUAUGCACGUCGGCCCUGGCCCACCCCCAGCUUGGAAGAUGGCGCUUGCAGGCUCGUGUGCCGGUGGUAUCGCCGGUAUCGUCGGCAACCCCUUCGAGCUCAUCAUGGUCCGCAUGCAGGCCGACAAGAAGAAGUACGGCUACCGCAACUCGCUCCAGGCCUUCUUCAAGAUGACCCGUGACGAGGGACCCAAGUCCUGGUUCCGUGGUGUGGUCCCCAAUGGUAUCCGUUCCAUCCUCAUGAACGCCUCGCAGCUUGGCUCGUACGACUGGUUCAAGAACGCGCUCCUCGGCUCGGGUGUCUCUGACGGCCCCAUUCUCCACUUCUUUGCCUCGCUCGGUGCCGGUACCGUGGCCACGACCGUGUGCUCCCCCGCCGACGUCAUCAAGUCUCGUGUCAUGAACGCCAAGGGCAGCGCCGGCACCAUGGAGAUUAUCCGUACCUCGCUGGCAAACGAGGGCCCCCGCUUCCUCUUCAAGGGCUGGCUCCCUGCCUGGACGCGUCUGCAGCCCACCACCAUUCUCAUCUUCCUUACGCUCGAGCAGCUCAAGGCCGGUGUGGACAAGUACCGCGCCGCUGGCGGCACCCACCUGUAA